AUGGCAAACUGGUUCACUUUUGCUCUAUCCAUAAGUACAAUUGCUACUCUUUUCUUCAUCAAAUCGUAUAUAGAUCCGAUGAUUAAGAAAAGAUGUCGCAUACCAAUUCCUUAUGAUCUGUUCGUGAUGAUCAUUGGUACAAUCGUCUCUUACGUUGUGAAUCUGAACUCUCGAUUUGGUGUGAAGAUUGUAGGACACAUACCCACAGGUCUGCCAUCGCCAUCACUACCUGGAAUUUCACUCUUUGGCUAUAUAAUGGGUGACGCUCUCGCUAUAGCAGUAGUGAGCUUCGUGGUUACUGUAUCGAUGGGGAAGCUGUUUGCGAAGAAGCACAAUUAUGAAAUCGACGUUAGGCAGGAAUUCUAUGCCAUGGGAUUCAUGCAAAUCUUCUGCUCCGCCUUUCCCGUUUGGCCAGCAUCAACAGCACUAGCUCGCACGCUAGUCUACGAAGCUGCCGGGACAAAAACACAGCUAGCCACAGUCUUUUCAUCCAUUUUACUGUUAGCUGUCAUAUUUUUCAUUGGUCCAUUCAUUGAAGUAUUGCCAGUCUGCUUCCUAUCAUGUAUCAUCAUAGUCGCACUGAAAGGAAUGUUCAUGCACUCGAAGGUAGUCGAAAUUGGUCGAUUAAGCCACAGUGAGGGUAAGACCUACUUCCAACCCAUUGAAAAGUAUAGAGACGCCGCUAUUCGCGACGGAGUGGUUUGCGUUAGAUUCUCAGCUCCUCUUGUGUAUAUAAACGCAGAACACUUUAGAAAAGGUGUUGAGAGUAUAGUAGAAUUGCCAGCACUGGAGCGAAGGUGAUU